AUGAAAACUGCUUUUGUUCUACUUUUUCUUGUUGUCCUUUCUGUUUCCAACCCUCCAUUUUCUUUUGCAGCCGAAGCACCAAACCCGGUGCUGGAUGCUAAAGGGAAAAUAGUCCGAUCCGGUGCUCGGUAUUACAUAUGUCCGGUAUACCCGAGUACCGGCGGCCUCACACUAGAGAGCCUAGACAACAAGCCGUGCCCUCUUGACAUUGUGCAAGAGGAUCAGGUGCCUGGACUUCCUGUGUCAUUUUAUCCUAUUAAUCUCAAAAAAGGCGUGGUUCGUGUUUCCACGGAUCUUAACGUGGAAUUCCCAACUGCUUGUAAGACUAAAUGCCCCAACUCCAAUUGGUGGACUUUUGAUGUUUGUCCUUCGACUGGAAACUAUUUCCUCUCAACUGGUGGGCAGCUAGGAAAUCCAGGCCCUAAUACCAUUAGAAACUGGUUCAAGAUUGAACCGUACGGCCCUGGCUUGUACAAGUUUCUUUACUGUCCCACAUUUAGCAAAGCGGCUUGCAAAUAUGUUGGGAUUGUUGUUCAAAACGGGAAGAGGCGCCUUGCUCUGAGCGACAUCCCAAUGAAGUUUGUGUUGAAGCAAGCAUAAAUGAGGAUUUGAAUUUCUCAUGGAAUGGAUUACAAGACAAGUAUAUUUGCAUGCAUGCAGGCUAUAUAUUUUGUCUUUAAGUUUAAUUUGUUGGUUUUAAUUAAGAAUAAGGAGAGUAUGCUGUCAAGCUACUCAAGUUGUUUUUUGUGUGUAAUAAGGGA